AUGAGUAAGUAUGUUGACAUCUCCUCAACAAUUUUUUUCUUCUUUUUGUUCAUUUACUCAGUGUUCUCUCAGCUACCUUCAAAGCAAAUUGCCACCAUGACUAAUCUUUAUGAGAUGCUUCAGAAUAAUAGUGGGAAUUCAUCAUUUCCAUGGAGUAAUGUGAAAAAAGACUCUAAUCCAUGUUCAUGGGUGGGAGUUUCAUGCAGUUCAAGCAACUCCUCUGUAACUGAACUUUCUUUACCAUCGCUUUCAAUAUCUAGCUCAGAAAUUCUGCCUGUUGUUUGCCAGAUUGAUAGCUUAGAAUCUCUUGACAUCUCUAAUAAUCAUUUGAGCUCAAUCCCAAAUGUGUUUAUCUCUUCCUGUGGUGGGAUCAGUGGUUUGAAACUGCUGAAUAUUAGUAGGAACGAAUUGGGUGGUUCUUUGCCUACUUUUAAUGGUUUUCAAAAGUUAGAGGUCUUGGACUUGUCUCGUAAUGCUCUGAUGGGUAACAUCAAUUUGCAAUUCGAUGGGUUGGAUUCUCUGAAGAGUUUGAACCUGAGCUACAACAGAUUCACUGGUCCUCUACCAACCAGUCUUGGGAAAAACAAUCUUUUACAAGAACUUCAGCUAUCUACUAAUGGUUUUCAAGGUGAAAUCCCGGUAGGGCUAGUGAAAUAUGGUAAUUUAUCUCUGAUUGAUCUUAGUCACAAUGAACUUUCAGGAUUAAUCCCUGAGAGAUUUGGAGAGCUUUCCAAGCUCCAAAUAUUGGUUCUCUCAGGAAGCAAUUUGAGAGGUGAAAUUCCUAAGCUCCUUGUAAAGAUUCAAACACUAUUCCGAUUUGCUGCGAACCAGAAUAAUUUUGUUGGAAAUAUUCCUCCUGGGAUUACUACGUAUCUCAGGAAUUUGGACCUCAGUUUCAACAAGCUAAGUGGAACCAUUCCCCAAGACCUUUUAUCCCCACCCAAUUUGCUGUCAGUAGAUUUGUCUUCCAAUUUGUUAGAGGGGCCAAUACCAACAGAGAUCUCUUUAAGCCUCUUCAGGUUGAGGUUGGGAGGCAAUUUAUUAAAUGGGACAGUCUCAUUUCGAUCAUAUGGAAGCCUUACCAAAUUGACCUAUUUGGAGCUGGACAACAACAGUCUAACAGGCGAAAUACCUCCUGAAUUGGGAUUAUGCCGAAGUUUAGCUCUCUUGAAUUUAGCCCAGAAUAGGCUGACUGGGGUCUUGCCUGUACAAUUGGGUAAUCUUGCCAAUCUUCAAGUUUUAUACCUUCAGAAGAAUAAGUUGGUUGGAGUUAUCCCUCAUCAGUUUACACAGUUACACAGUUUGCAGAGAAUGAAUUUCAGUUCAAAUUCAAUUGGUGGCUCAAUUCCUGCUUCAAUUUCCAAAUUGCAAAAUCUAACAAACUUGGACUUGCAACAUAAUAAUCUGAGUGGUCCAAUUCCCAUUCCCAUUCGCACUCUGAAUCUCCUAUUCGAACUUCAACUUGGAAAUAACCAACUCAGUGGAGAUGUUCCAGCAAUGCCAUCAUCAUUGCAGAUUGCUCUGAAUCUCAGCAACAAUUUAUUUGGCGGGCCUAUUCCCGUGUCGCUAUCUGGAUUGAUCGCAUUGGAGGUUUUGGAUCUUUCGAAUAACAAAUUUUCAGGCGUAAUCCCGAACUUCCUCACUGAAAUGGCAGACUUAACGCAACUUGUACUUUCAAACAACCAACUUUCUGGAGAUAUUCCGAAGUUUAAAAUAUAUGUUACGGUUGUGACAGAUGGAAAUAAGGGUCUAAACAUAGCAACUCAUGUUUCAACAGCAACUGCUGGUUCUAAACAUUCAAAGGGAUUAUCUACUGGGAUGGUGAUUGCUGUUGCUUUUGUCAGUGGUUUUAUAUUCAGCUUCAUGAUCGUAAAGAUUAUUCCAUGUCUCAAUUAUUCCUGGGAUAGAACUAAAUUUGAGUGGAUCAUCAAUGAUGGCAUCCACAAACCUAGCUUUCACUUCUCCAAAGCCAUGAAAGAAGUUCACAGACAGGCCAAUAUCUUGUUGAAGAGCGAGUUCUAUACCUACUAUCAGGCAUCGAUGCCUUGGGGCAUGAACUAUUGCAUAAAAAAGCUAUAUUGGACUAGCAAGACACUCAGUUUGGUUAGUCCAGAAAAAUUUUCUCAGGAGGUAAAGCUACUCAAUCAGUUAAGCAAAUCAAACAUCAUGAUUCCUGUUGCUUAUGCUUUGACAGUUAAAGGUGCACUUCUAAUAUAUGAAUGCCCUCAACAUGGAACUCUCUUUGAUCUUCUCCAUGGAAGUGAUGAAAAUGUUCUAACUUGGGAAAUUCGUUACAACAUAGCUGUUUCAGUGUCCAAAGGCCUCGCUCAUCUACAUGGAUUUUAUGAUUCUACUUCUGCUCCAGUUGUGCUCCUUUGUCUUUCGACAAGAAGUAUCUUUAUGAGAUCACUUUCAGAGCCCUUAAUAGGAGAUGUUGAGCUCACUAAAGUUAUUGAUCCUUCAAAGAGCUUGGGGACUCUUUCAGUAGUGGCUGGAGCAGUGGGUUAUGUCCCUCCAGAGUAUGCAUACACUAUGAGAGUUACCAAAUCUGGCAAUAUCUUUAGCUUCGGAACCAUUUUGCUGGAGUUGUUAACUGGCAAACAAGCUGUAAAUGAAGGAAUAGAGUUGGUGAAAUGGGUAAAGGACAAAGUUGAACAUGAUCAAUUGGAAGAAAUUCUUGAUCCUAGGGUGAGAAGCACAUCUGUAGAGAAUCAUCAACAAAUGUGGUCAAUGUUUAAGAUCUCUAUGCUUUGUGUAAGCAUUUCUCCUCGCGAAAGGCCUGAUGCGGAAGAAUUGCAGACAAUGCUACUUGAUGUGGCUCCACAAUUCAGCAGUUAGUAUUCCAGAGGUCUUACUGAUUUCAACCAAAGUAUACAAUCACAACCAUGUUCAUGCAGAAUGUCAGCAGUUUCUUUCCUGCGUGGCAGGAGCCGAACAGGAAGACCAUUUUGCAGAACAGGGGAUGCAGAUGCUAGAUUUGUACAAUAUAGUAGCAUUUU